CGUCCUAGAUAUUAACACGGUGAACAUUUUUCUUUUUUGUGUGAAUCAAGUUCCAAGGCUAUUUUAGAAUAACUGGAAACAGUGUUUAUGAUGCAAUGACACAUAUUGAUAUGGUGAGAAUAUACUCGGAAUGCAGGCCAGUUGGAGAAAAUAAAAGGCAGAGAAGAAAAUUUACAAAGAACAUGAAGAAAAUAAAUGUCCGGCACCAAAAUACAGAUAGUUCCAUAAAUGUCUGAGAAGUCUCCCUAUAUACAUCAUACAUGUAUAAGACUAUUGUAGAAUACAGGUCAGAUCAUAAAGCAACACACCAGAUUUCAUACUUGAGGAAAUAAUCAUAUGUGUACAUUGUGAUAAACUAGUGUUGAAAGUUAGAUGCACAUGUGAGAACACAUUGUCAAAUGUGAUAUAUGUGAUCAAAGUUUUAGUUAAAAUCAUGUCACAGACACACAAAAGAACACACAGUGGGGAUCAAUCUAUGUGUGAUGUAUGUGGUAAAAGAUUUAGUCAGAGGGGUCACUUACAGAGACACAUGAGAACACACACAGGUGAUAAGCCUUUUAAAUGCGAUGAAUGUGAUAAAGAAUUUUUACAAAAAUGUGACAUAGAGAAACACAUGAGAACACAUACUGGAGAUAAACCUUAUAAAUGUGAUGUAUGUGGGAAAAAGUUUAGUAUGAGUCAGCACUUAAAGGGGCACACGAGGAUACAUACUGGUGAUAAGCCCCAUGAAUGUAAAGUUUGUGGUAAAGGGUUUAGUACAAGUCAGAACUUACAUAGACAUGGGAAAAUACACACUGGAUAUAAACCUUAUAAAUGUGGAGAUUGUGGAAAAGACUUUAGUAGGGAGCAACACUUGAAAAGACACAUUAAUACACAUACUGGCGAUAAACCUUUUAAAUGCAGUGUAUGUGGAAGAGGGUUUGGUGAAAGUGGGAACUUACAGAGACACAUGAGAACACACACUGGUGAUAAACCUCAUAAAUGUGAGAAAUGUGAUAAAGAAUUCAUUCAAAGUAAUGACUUACAAAAGCACAUGAGAACACACACUGGUGAUAAACCUUAUAAAUGUGAUGUUUGUGGAAAAUGGUUUAGUCAAAGUACUAGCAGAGAUAAACAUGUACGGACACACACUGGUGAUUAACCAUAACCUUGUAAAUGUGUAUGUUGUGUAUUUACAUUUUGUGCAGUAAAGAAAUCAGUCGGAGUCAUAGCAGAGAGACACACACUAGUUAUAAGUUUUUGAGGUUUAGGGUUUUGUUAGUUUUAAUUUACAGCCUCACGUGAGAAUCAUCAUAAAAUGUGGCAAAUGUGAUAAAGGGCUUGGCUAGCGACAUGAUUUUCAGAGACGCAUGAGACUGCACACUGACCGUGUUUAACUUUAUUCAUGUUAUUUUAUAGUUGAUAAAUCAUUGUCACAAUCAAAUGAUUUCAAAAGUCAACAAUUGUUUUAUCAUAUUAUUUUUUAU